AUGGCUACAAACGCCGCGUCGCAUAAUCCAAUUGGAGAGGAGACCGGCCCCGUUUCUGGACAACCUCCUCCGCUGUCGAACGAGACGAAAGCUGCUCUUGCAGAAGCCACAAACUCCAGCCCGACAGGUACCCAUGCCGCGGGGCAAGAUGCGGCCAGCAAGGUUGGAACUGCCGAAGCAGAACCAAAGGUGAAGAGUGAGAAAGAACUUGAGCGGGAACGAAAGAAGGCCGAAAAGCAAGCAAAAUUCGAGCAGAAGAAGGCCAAGAAGACAGAACCCGUUGCGACAACUAGCAAGACAAAGGAGAAGAAGGCGAAGGCAGACAAGAAAGCAGAUGAGGGUACAUUGCCUCCUUACGUCGAAGACACCCCAUUUGGCGAGAAGAAAAUCAUCAAGUCAUUCGACGACCCCCAGUACAAAGCCUACAACCCGACGGCCGUCGAAUCCGCUUGGUACGCGUGGUGGGAGAAAGAGGGUCACUUCCUGCCCGAGUUUACGGAUGACGGCAAGGUUAGGCCGGAAGGAUCCUUCGUUAUUGUCCAACCGCCCCCCAAUGUCACCGGCGCACUUCAUAUAGGCCAUGCCUUGGGUAAUGCUCUUCAAGAUGUUCUGAUCCGAUGGAAUCGUAUGCAUGGCAAGACAACCCUGUGGCUUCCCGGGUGUGAUCAUGCGGGUAUCUCGACACAGAGUGUAGUAGAGAACAUGCUGUGGCGUCGCCAGGGCAAGACCCGUCACGACUUGGGCAGAUCAGAGUUUGUGAAGACUAUAUGGGACUGGAAGACCGAGUAUCAUCAAAAGAUCAAUACCGUCCUUCGGAGAAUGGGUGGAUCCAUGGACUGGACACGUGAGGCUUUCACUAUGAACGAGAACUUCUCAGCAGCUGUUACGGAAACAUUCGUCACACUUCACGAGGAGGGAAUCAUCUACAGAGAGAAUAGACUUGUGAAUUGGUGCACAAAGCUCAACACAUCCCUCUCUAACCUCGAAGUCGUCAAUAAGGAGCUCACCGGUGCAACAAAACUCGACGUACCGGGGUACGACAAGAAGAUUGAAUUCGGUGUCAUUGUACAUUUCAAGUACGAGAUUGAAGGCACGGAUGAGAAAAUUGAGGUUGCCACAACACGUGUAGAAACUAUGCUCGGAGACUCUGGUAUCGCCGUGCAUCCUGACGACGAGCGAUACAAGCAUCUAGUGGGAAAGAUGGCAAUCCACCCCUUCAUUCCAGGCCGAAAAAUGCCAAUCGUUGCCGAUACCUAUGUUGAGAAGGAUUUUGGAACCGGUGCUGUUAAGAUUACACCUGCCCAUGAUCCUAACGAUUUUGCUCUGGGUGCCCGUCAUCAUCUUGAGCGAAUCAACAUUCUAACAGAUGAUGGUUUCAUGAACGAGAAUGCUGGCCCUUACGCCGGACAGAAGCGAUUUGACGUACGUUACACAAUCCAGGAAGAUCUAAAGAAGGCAGGAUUGUACGUCUGCAAGAAGGAUAAUCCCAUGACCGUACCUAUGUGCGAGAAGUCGAAGGACAUUAUCGAGCCGCUCUUGAAGCCACAGUGGUGGAUGAAGAUGAAAGACAUGGCAGCAGCUGCUCUCGAUGUCGUGAAGUCAGGCGAGAUCAAGAUCUUGCCGGAGACUGCAGAGAAGAGCUACAUUCGCUGGAUGGAUAAUGUCAACGACUGGUGUCUGUCGAGGCAAUUAUGGUGGGGUCAUCAAGCACCUAUGUACUUUGCUCAAAUUGAGGGCGAGGAACAUGAUGAAGCUGAUGGUAGUCUUUGGUUUGCAGGCCGGACACAGGAAGAAGCCGAAGUAAAAGCUAAGAAAGCUCUGCCUGGAAAGACCUUCGUUCUGAAGAGAGACGAGGAUGUCCUGGAUACCUGGUUUUCUUCUGGUCUGUGGCCCUUUGCCACUCUGGGAUGGCCCAAUAAGACCCACGAUUUCGAGACCUUGUUCCCAACAUCUGUGCUGGAGACUGGUUGGGAUAUUCUGUUCUUCUGGAUCGCUCGGAUGGUUAUGUUCAGUCUCAAGCUCACUGGCAAGGUUCCGUUCACGGAGGUCUACUGCCACUCCUUGGUCCGCGAUUCUGAGGGUAGAAAGAUGUCCAAGUCCUUAGGCAACGUUAUCGAUCCCCAAGAUUUCAUCGAAGGAUGCUCUUUGGAGGAUUUACACAAGAAGUUAACCUCCGGAAACUUGGCCCCUAACGAGGUGGAGAGAGCAACCAAAUACCAGAAGACCGCUUUCCCAGACGGAAUUCCACAGUGUGGAACAGAUGCUUUACGAUUCGCUCUGGUAUCAUAUUCCACUGGUUCUGGAGACAUUCUGUUCGACGUCAAGGUUAUCCACGCAUAUCGCAAGUUCUGUAACAAAAUCUACCAAGCAACCAAGUUCGUAUUGGGCAAACUACCGGCGGAUUUCGUACCCAACAAGACUACCAAGCUCACGGGCAAAGAGUCGCUGGCCGAGGCAUGGGUUCUUCACAAGAUGACCAUUGCAGCGAAAGAAAUCAACCAGGCAAUCGCUGACCGUGAAUUCCAAAAAUCGACGACCAUAGUAUACCAAUUCUGGUACAACCAUCUGUGCGACGUUUACAUCGAGAACUCCAAAGCAAUCCUCCAAGAUGGAAAUGAAGAGGAAAAGCUGUCUGCGCUCAAUACGCUCUACACAGCUCUCGAAGGCGCCCUGACCAUGAUCCACCCAUACAUGCCCUUCCUGACCGAAGAGCUCUGGCAACGCCUUCCACGCCGGCCAGAAGACAAGACCGCCACCAUUGCUCUGGCCAGAUACCCCGUAUACGAUGUCUCUAUGGACCGUCCCGACUCCGAAGCCGCGUACGAGCUCGUGCUUGACAUUUCAAAGGGCAUCCGGUCGCUUAUGGCAGAGUACUCCCUCAGAGACGAGGCUCAAGUCUACAUCCAAACCACCGACCAAACCUCCCACAGCACCAUCACUGCCCAACUUCCCUCUAUCAAAUCCCUCUCCGGUAAGGGCGUCUCCACCACUACAAUCCUGUCCACCAAUGCCGCCCGCCCCGCUGGCUGCGUCGUCUUCUCCAUAAAUGCCUCCACCGCCGUGCUGCUGCACGUCAAAGGCCGCGUCGACAUCGAUGCCGAGAUCAUCAAGGCGUCCAAGAAGCUCGAGAAGGCGAAGCUCGGCAUCGAGAAGCAAAAGAAGAUUUUGGGCGACGAGGCAUACAAGGAGAAGGUAAGCAAGGAACUGCAGGAAGUCGAGAUCAAGAAACUGGCGGAUCUGGAGACCGAGGCCGAGGCGUUCGAGGAGACCAUUAAGCAAUUCGAGGUCUUGAAGAUGGAGUAG